UUCGUUUAAAAUGCUCGAUCCGCUUCAAAAGGCACUGCAGAUUCCACAUUAUCCGAUUGCCCACCCAAACUGGAGAUCUUAUCCGUGUCAUCUGGUGGUAGGUUGGUCGAUCCUGUAGCGCUCACAGACACCCACCACCCACAUCGCCGGAACGUCCUUUUCCUGUCAGCCUCGUUCCAUUGCAUUCUUGUUCCAGGUUGCUCGAACACGAUCUUGUCCCGAGAUCUUGCAAGAACGCUCGCUUCUUUUCUUGCUGUGGCCACUGUUGUCCGUCAAUGGUGGACGGGAGAAAAGUGGAAUUGCCCAAAACUGUGUUAGUGGAGCUCGCGGUGGACUGUACCCUGUAAGCACCUUGCUCGCUCGUCUCUUUCUUUUCGCUCUCUAUCGACCAAGCCCCUCUCAGGACUCGGGUCUGAAUACCCAAGAUCGGAUUCUUCGUUCUUUAGCAUCGGAAACAUGAACUGCGUCAAUUUGAGCAGCACCUGUUCGAUCUUUAACCAAGCGAGCAGAUCCAAUUUGCUUCAUCCCCUGAAAGCUCCAGCCUUUCCUCUGAUCUCUCCAAGACCCGCCAGACCCAUUUCUUGUUCCUCUCCCAAAUUGCGUCUCUCCGUCUCCGCGAUCCUCACCAAGGAAGAGGAGGCCACCGCCGAGGAUAGAGAAGGGAGACCCCCUUUCAAUUUCAAGGAGUACAUGCUCGAGAAGGCGAACUCUGUGAACGCGGCGCUCGACUCCUCGGUCUUGCUCCGGCCGCCGCUGAAGAUCCAUGAGGCCAUGAGGUAUUCGUUGCUCGCCGGCGGAAAGAGGGUCCGCCCGGUUCUGUGCAUAGCGGCGUGCGAGGUCGUGGGAGGGCAGGAGUCGAUGGCCAUGCCGUCGGCUUGUGCCGUCGAGAUGAUCCACACCAUGUCUUUGAUUCAUGAUGACCUUCCCUGUAUGGACAAUGACGACUUGCGCCGCGGAAAGCCCACCAACCACAAGGUUUUUGGUGAGGAUGUUGCUGUUUUGGCUGGAGAUGCCCUACUGGCCUACGCAUUUGAGCACAUUGCAGUAGAAACGAAGGGGGUUUCAUCCACAAGGAUAGUCAGAGCAAUCUUCGAAUUGGCGAGGUCGAUUGGAGCAGAAGGCCUAGUUGCUGGCCAAGUGGUGGAUAUAAGUUCUGAAGGAAUCGCUGAUGUAGGAUUGGAGCAGCUUGAGUUUAUUCACAUCCACAAAACUGCGGCAUUGCUCGAAGCAUCUGUUGUUCUUGGGGCAAUUAUGGGAGGCGGGUCUAAUGAAGAAGUUGAGAAGUUGCGGAGUUUCGCAAGGUGUAUUGGGUUGCUAUUUCAGGUGGUGGAUGACAUUCUGGACGUGACCAAGUCUUCUCAAGAACUGGGUAAAACGGCUGGCAAGGAUUUGGUGGCCGACAAAGUUACAUAUCCAAAGCUAAUGGGCAUUGAAAAAUCUAGGGAGUUGGCCAAGAAACUGAACAAAGAUGCUCGAGAACAGCUAUCUGGAUUUGAUAUAGCAAAGGCAGCUCCAUUGAUUGCUUUGGCAGAUUACAUUGCUUACAGGCAGAACUAAUUGUUCCAUGAAAGCUCUGUGAAGACUUUCUGGGUUACGGAAGUCUUGCUUACAUUGCCAAGUGGUCAGUUUCUUUUGUAUACCCUGUGCGGUGACUGAGAAUUACAGCAACCAAUUCCGUAAUUUUGCCAUGCGGGAUCUCUCUGGCAAACCCGUGAACCCAUGUUUUCGGCGUCUAGAGCAUCGUCCUUUUGGUUCUUCUCUCAGCCUUUAACAAGUCUCGAGACAUUCUGGAUGUGAAAUUAUGCCCGAUCUAGAUUGUUGAUGUGAUUAAUGUUCACGAUAACUCUCAUGCUGCCCUAUUAGCAAGAUGGGGAACUUGUGUGCUGCUGCAACUGAAGACUGUUUGGUUCUCAGGCAUAGUAGUUCUUUGUGAAACUUUUUAUUAUUGCUCUCCCAGAUAAACUCAUCAUCAAGUCUUUGGAGCGAUAACACAGUUCGCUGAGUGCUUUAAUAUGUUGAACCGGCUAAACCUGGAUCAUGCUAUGAAUUGGCAAUUUCUCAUUUGUCGAGUUCGAAGUAAA